GUAAAUACAAAGUAGACGAUGUGAGCGGCGCGCGUGGAGGUUACUGUGCAAAUAUUUCUCGUUUUACCAUGACUAAUCACAAGAUACAGUUUGUGGGGGCGCCGUGUGGCCAUCAUGGCAAUUACACAUUCUACAAAGCUUUCAAAUAUAAUCUACAUGGAAACCCGAAAAUUUUGUCCCUGGGGGAGUUUUUCUUCAUCAAGAUUUGGGAGGAUGAAGAGAUCAUAUCUAUCGGCGAGGCUCAGUUACUAUGGGAGGACCGCACUUCAGGCCAGAUUCUCGUCUCUCUCAGGAUAUAUUUCCUCCCGGAGAACACGCCUGAAGGAAGAUGCGAGGAACAUGGCGAGCACGAGGUAGUGUCCCUAGCGGAGAAAGUAGUGCUCCGGGCAGAGGACGUCAUUGGGUGGAUGAGGGCAGCUGUGAGUGUCAAAUGGGACACUGGUCUGCUGGGAGUGUAUGGGCCACCCUCCCAGGACCCAGCCAAUGAUGCCCACUACACACCACCCAUCUCAGGGGCAUUGGACAUUGAGGAGGUCAUAAGGGAGAAGAAGUUAAUUGGAGAUGUGGUGGAGCCCAACAGUGUGCAUGUCAUCAUUCUUGCCUUUGACAAGUACUGUCGUAUUCGGGGUCUGCUCAAGCGCUUAGAGGGCGUGGAGGAGGAAUACAUGAGAAGUCGAAUAGUGGUAGCCUUGGGUGGCUUUGUGGUGCCCUCCAGAAGAACACGCAUGCUCUUCUGCAGAGACGUGUUUGAUUACCCAGAGCUGGAGGGCCAUGACCUCCUCUGCAACCACUUAUCACCUAAGCUUCAGGGUCGACCAAGAAAGAAGCGAAAGAAACCAACAGACUCAGAAUCAGAAUCCUCAGAGACCUCAGAAGACAUCAGGCCGAGACUGAAGGGCAAGCCUGGCCUCACCGCCAAACACAACGGACUGCGUGUGCUUGACCGCAAGAGUAGUUCUCGCUCCCACCUGUCACAAGUCAAAAACGACUUCUCCACACCUGCCUUGAAUCGCUUGAUAGAGGUGGAUUUCAUGUCCAAACUUAACAAGUUCAUGAAAGACCGCAACACUCCCAUCACUAGACUGCCACACAUCGGAUACAAGCAGCUGAAUGUAUUUGAGCUGUUCACGAGAGUGCAACAACUGGGAGGCUUUGAGGCUGUAGGGGAGAAGAAGUUAUGGAAACAGCUGUAUGAGGAGCUUAGUGGCAGUGCUCCCUCUUCCCACCCUCCACAAAGUGCUCAGUCUUAUGCCAGUAUGAUGAAGCGUCACUAUGAGAGACUCUUGCUGCCAUAUGAAAAAUUCCUAUUAGCUGAGCAGAAGAAACUUUUGGGUAUUGGUUCACCCAAACCAAACAAGAUCAAGUCUGAUCCAGGGGAACCAUCUGUGUCUAUAUUACAACAGCAUGUGCCAAGUGACCUCAAGUCCCCUCCCAAGUUUGGGAUCAGCUGUCCCCAGUUGAUGCCCCCUCACACUCCUCCUGGCCACCUUGGAGGGGUACAGGAGGUACAUGGGUUGCUCAGUGGGCCUCACCCUGGCUCUUUAGGUGCUUCGCCCCCUGUGGGCACUCCACCACAAGCCAGCCCUGCACCACCCACCUCAGUCAGUCCUCCCAACACACCUAUGGAGCUGUUGGUUCCAAAGGUUAACACCAAAAAAGAACCAAACACAAUCCCUGCUGACCUCGCCAAGAGGCCAGAAAUCACCAUCACACCCAUCCCACGCUCCAUGGGUCCUCUUGGGAUGCCAGAAGGAUUUACAGGACUCUUGGAUCCUAGUCUGUCAGUAAUGCCUCCAGGACUACAGUUGGCAGAUUUGAUGGCUCUGGAGGGAGUGAAAGCAACACUUGGAAUGUCAGCUCUUCAGGACCUUGCUAAAAUUGCAGAAAGAUACGAGAAGCCAUUACAAGAACCAGCAACCAAGAGACUGAAAACAGAUAGUACUCGAGUCAAUGGUGCAAGCUCCAGAGACAAAGACAGUGGACGUCCAUCUGUGAUUCAAGAGCCACCCUUAUGCAAGCCACCCUUGCCAGCAGUACCAGGACUUGUUCCUGCUGAUUUCUUAAGACAAAUGAAUCUAUUAGACUCCAAUGCUAAGCUACUUCUUCCAGCACACCAGAGCAACAAAACAAUUAGUGCAUUAGCACAGCUCUUACCACAAACCAGCAUCUUUCCAGCUCCUGCUCCUGCAGCACACCAGCACCCUGUGACCAAGUCCUUGCGGGACCCAAUAGGACCUGAACCCCCAAGGGUCUUCCAGUCUCCGUCUGUGUAUUCCCAAUCCAAACACAUGUAUGGAAAACCUACAACAGAUGUAAGAGACUUAAGUAAAGACAAUAAGAGCACUAGUCCAGAAAUAGAAAUAUUGGAUCUCAGUCGUGCGUCGACAAACAGAAAUGGAAGGUCAACUAAAACAGAAAGACCAGAAAUAGAACUUUUAGAUUUGUCCACCAGACGAGAUAUAACUGUAUCCUCUGUUGCUAAACCAGGUACAAGUAAAAACUCCAAUAUUGGUAGGGUUCCUCCUCCACAUGUAAGCAUAAAAUCUUCAGAUCCUGUUCCCAGGCAUUCACCAAGUAAAAAUCCUGCAGCAGCUGCUGCAGCAGCAGCAACUGGAGUAUCUGCAGCAGCUCUUGCAGCAGCUGCCCAGGGGUUGCCACCAGGCCUGUCCCUGGCACCUGCACUACUCCCGUACCUGAACCCAAUGCUUGCGCCCGGGGUGAAGCCAAACUCGGGGGCAGGGGGUCCACCUCUGUCAAUGUUUCCCUUCAUGGAUCCCACUGCUUUUGCUGCCUAUUAUAGUAUGUUGCCUCACAGUCUAAUCCCCACCACUAGUAGUGGAGGUGGCAGUAGUUCAGGCUCAGCAUCAGCUGUUCAUCACAUGGCACAAGCCCACCUACAACUCAGUUCACUGGGGCUUCCGGGUAUUUCAGGUCUUUCACCUGAUGCUCUAAAUAGCUUAGGAAUGUACAAGAAUUUUCUUCCUCAAGGUAACCUUCCUGCCCCACAUUUUCUCUCGGGCCUCAUGUCACCACACACCCAUAACCACAACCCGCCCACCACUAAGUAAAGCCAUGGCCAAAUCAAUCAUUUCAUUCUGUCAUGUUCAUUCAGCUCAUUCUCUGGUCACCUGUUGCAUCAAGAAAAUUGUUCCCAUCUUUCUGCUAAUUAUAAUUCAUCAGUUUGUCAUGCAGCUGUUAUAUUAUUUUAAACAUCCUGGUUUUGACACUCUUGUUUUCCCGGUAUGUUUGGAAUCAGAUAACUGUUUUCCAAAGAUAUACCUCUCUCCUCAUGCCCAUAGCACCUCUAUCUCCAGUCUCACCUCACUACAUCAUCAUCAUCAUCAUCAUCAUCAUCAUCAUCAUCAUCAUCAUCAUCAUCACCACCACCACCACCACCACCACCACCACCACCACCACCACCACCACCAUCUUAACAUCAUGAUCAUGCUCACCAUCACACCAAUACCACAGCCCUACCAUUCCUCACAAUGCAUUGGGGGAAAAGUGGAAUAAGAUUGUUUCUGCCAAUCUUGAGAAAUAAAACUUAUUUUUCAUGAUUUUUAUUCAAUAGAUAUUGCUCAACUUAUGAUUGUAAUCCUCAGUGUAAGGUAAUGAUUUCUCAACACUUGUCUGAACAUUAUCUUCAGUAUGUUAAUGGAAUAUCUGAAAAUUUACAGAAUUAAAAAGUAAAAUCUUGUUUUUAUUAUAAAUUAAGCCCUUUUAUGUUUGAUUUUCCAUUAAUAUAAAAGCAAGCUGAGGAAGUAAACUAUCUUUUAGAAAACAUGAGAAAUAAGUUUUACAAUAACAGAAACCUUGAAAAAGUCCUGAGAGGAGGGGCUCUUUUGGUACCUGGUUUAGAAUAAGAUUUUCUUGGGUUCAGUAAGUGCCUAGUUUAUUUUAUUUUCUCAGAUUACAAGGAAAUGAUUGUGUACUGUACAUAAGUAUGGAAAUUAAUAAACUCACCACUUUUUAAUUUUUUAUGAUAAUGUAAAGUAUUAGAUUAGUUAUUUUUUCUAAUGAAAUUUUGUGGUCAUAGCCAGAAAGACAUUACUGUAGUUUUUUUUUCUUUCUUUUUUUAAAACAACAUGUUGAAAACUGGCAGUUAAAGUGUCCAUUCUUGGAUCCUGCUCUGAGCUUGGUCACGACUACCUCGGGUGUCAUGAUGCACAUUGAGAAGUUCACUUGAGAGGUGAAUACCUGAUAAUGGAACAUUAAACUAAUGAUUAUCAAUGGUUGUGUCUCCAAUCUGUCAUUUGAACCAUGAAUCAAAGAAGAAAAAUGAGCUUCACUAUCAAAAGUAGGAUUUCUUAGUCCCCAAAACUGUUUGUUUAUUGGACUGUUUUUGAUCAUAGGUUCAAUAUUCUGUAUUCAGAAACUCACCUCAAAUAGUGUGUAAUAUGUUUCUCUAUGAGAAUCUUUUUAAGUACUUCUAACUUGUAGAUAUGUGUAUGUUGAAUAAAGAAUGGUCCUUCCAUAAGUGUUAUAUUGUAUCUCGACUGACCAAAGAUUAUUUCCUCAAAUAGCAUUCAUUCUUUGUACAUAUCUCUGCAAAUUUUACUUUACAUAAUCUGUACAUAAUGAAAUGGAUUUUAUUGAACAUAGAAAGGACCAAGUACCAUUAGGAAAAUGAACAAGAUAGCAGGAAGGUGGUGGAGCCUUUCAUCCAUGCCUGACUUGUUCUCAUCUCUGGAAGGUUUGGUAAUUCUUACCUGAAGCAUUACCUUUUGUACCAAUGUAAGGAAAACAUGGAUGUAAUAAACAAAUUCCAUUGA